AAAACACGAUACACUUAAGUGAUUUUUUAUAAUUUAAUACUGCGGCAGUUCAUGGACACAAAGGCACAGCAACAUGUCGCGUGGGUGGAACAGUUAUCGGAAGAGUCAAAUGUCGCGGGCAAAAGGCGGGACAUCGCCUACGAGAACUAUCUAAAUUCGUUUGUCAAGAUGGAGGACAGGCGGUACUUGCCCAACAUCAAAGUGAUGCACCGACUGGUUCCCUUGAGGUCCUCAGUAGGAGCGAUGGUGAUGACCCCUUCCCAAUUCAACGAGGUGCACUUCUCUCCUUUGGGAACGAGCUUCUACUUCAGCGAGCAAAACGUGGCCAACGACCCUUUGACCAUGGCUCUUGCCGAGCGUGAGAAGCCAAACGCGAUCAAAACCCUUUCGACUAUCAUUUUCGUGAGCACACGAGACUCUAAGGGCUUUAGUGUGUCCGGCUAUAUCGACUUGGAGCAGAGUUUACGGAGUUUUAAGGCGGUUGGGGCCAAGUCGCAUCCGUGGUCAGAUAUAUUUGCAGGCCGUCGCCGCCUUGAGCCGAAUCGACAGGAUCUGAGCUUCAUCAGCUGGAACAAUGGCAAAGUCUUCUACAACGAAUCGGAUAACUACAAGGUUAUCCCAGAUGCUGUAAAGGGCUUGUGCUUGUACAAGGGCGAUGGCUCGCUGCUCAGCAUCGAAAAAUAUAUAACUGCAGAGCACCCACUAUGUACCUAUAUAGAAUCGCCGAAGCACGGGUCAACUGUCAUUUACGAUCACCGAAUAAGACGAAAGUUGUGAUUGAGGAGAAGCCAUGGCUUGGUUUGAACUACUAAAUAAUAGAAGAUUGGAAUCCUAUUUGUAUGUACUCAUCUCUAGAACGUAAGUUUGGUUUUGCGCAGCCUCAGUUAAACUAAAAAGGAGGCGUAUUCAGUGUACCCUUACAAUUUUGACUCGACAUGCAUUUGGCAAUCUGACCAAAAACUCGCUCAUGGAUUACAUCAGAAUGCAGCCUAUCAAUCAUUUCCGGAAUCCCUCUGCUUAUUGUACAAAUGCGAUGGUUCGCUGUUCAGCAUUGAAAUAUAUAUAAUUGCAGAUAACCCACUUUGUACAUUUCUAGCAUCGCGAAAGCAUGGAUCAACUGCCAUUUAUGAUCAUCGAAUAAGACGGAAGAUGUGAGUGACAGGCUAUGCCAUUUAAUAAUUGAAAUAUGUAAGACCUAUUAAUAGAAAUCCACCCGUGUUGUAAGUACUGUUUCUGAGGAUAUAGCACAAUCUUUUCAAUCAAUCAAGUAAAGUAUAGUUCCCUCCAAAA